AUGCCUUCACAGGAAGGUCCCUCGACCUCGACCGACGCGUCUGACCGCGCCGGCUCCCCCGCCCCCAAGCGCCAGAGGGCCGAGAACGGCGACCUUCGUAUCAAGACCCCUGGAGACAACUUUCUCAAAAACGUCGGCGUCGCCAACCCCAUCAACCAUGGGCCGGUCCAGCACAACCCUCCCCUCCACGGCGGCUUCGGCCCCUCCCAAGCUCCCCCCCAGACCCCUCAACCUGCCCCUCGCGCUCUCACCCCGACCAACAUCGCGGCCCGGAGGCUCUUGAGCACUCCCCACCUCAACGCCAUGGCUCCUCCUUUUCGUCCCCAGACGCCCGUUCCGAUGGCUCCUGCUUCUCGUCCCCGGACGUUCGUGCCGCUGGACCCUGUCCGCCCUCAACACCCGAGAAACCAGCGUCUUACCUCCAGCCAGCCCCAGGGCCAAGUGUCUUUCCCCUAUCCGCCUAUGCUCAACAGCCUCGGCCAAGUCUGCCCCCGGCCUUCCCAGCAGCGAGGGCCCCCUCCUGAGGUGCGUUCUCCCAAGUUCGGUGAAGAGAAACUGGGCUACUUCACCGAUGCGCUGCAUGACCUGGCCGGGGAGCUCACCGCCUCGGGCUUUGAGGUCCCCUUCUCUGUCUCGGAUGACGAUAUGCAAAAGCACUCCUUUGAGAGCACAUGGGAACAGUUUGUCCGGGACUUCAACGCUGACCCAGCCCAGGACUCGAGAGCUCUGUUGCCCUCCGACUUGCCUCCCGACAUGCUGGCCCUCUUUCGCGAUAAUGAGGAGUACGUCAAGAAGAACAUCAACGCUAGCAAGGAAUACUUCAAAGUUCCUCGGGUUGCGGCUCGCGCUCCUUUGAACGCUGGUCCGCCCGUCCCCUCAGCCCCUGGAGCCCCUGCCAACCGGGCUAUUCAGCCAGCUCCCAUCAACUCCGGCCAGCAGCAGACCUCUGGAACCCCCGUACGUCCGCAUAUGCAGCCGGCUCACGUCGUCUAUGGCCGAGAGCAGACCACUGAAGGUCCUAUCAUCCCGGCCGCCCAGUCAGCUUCAUCUAACGGCUCUGCCCAACCCAAGAAUGGUCAACAGCAGACUCCCGCCGACGGCAGCGAAACCCCGAAGAUGCCGCCCAUGGGACACUUCCCGACGAGAUCUGCUCCUCCUCCUAAGCGCAAGUCGACCAAGCGGAAGAGUCUUCAUGAAGCCUCGAGCGGUGCCACUGGCCUCCCCGCCGCCUCGUCUGCCAUCGGUGGUCACGCCAACGGCCCUGCUACCAGCCCCUCGAACCGAGCCCAGCCCGCGAACCUCGGUAUCGGUGGAAACACCUCGAUUGGAAACUCCUUUUCCCGUCCAGCUGGCAUUCCAGCCCCUGAGAACCCUCACGCAGACUUCCACCUCGGCACAGGCUUCCGCUCCGAUAUACCUAGCACCAAGACCGAGCUAGGCCUGCUGAACACCCCCGUGGACCGCCGGAUCAGCCACCCCUCGCCUCGUCCCGCGGCCGCUCAGCCUCCUCCUGCCCAGCCGACUGCUGCUGCUCGUCAGGGUGCUCGUCAGGGCGCUCGUCAGCCAUCCGUGGCUCCCCCUCCCCUCCAUCCCAAUGCCGGCCCUCGCCAGUCCUUCAUGGACUCUCGUCCUCCUCACAUGAGACACCCAGCCAGCGUCCGUCAUCCUUUCGCGGCUCCCCCUCCCGUCCAGGCCGCUACUGGUGAUGGUCACCCUUCCACGGCUGCGGUCCAAAACCCCGCCGGCCCCCCUCGUGUUCAGCCCCCUGCUGGUCCUCACCCAGGCCCUCGCCAGCCCUUCAUCGGCCCCCCUCCUGCCUUCCACGGCCCUCGCCCCCACGCCGACAACCACAUGAUCUCCAGAUCCACGCUCAACCGCACCCUCACCAGGCUCCUCAACGCCCGCCGCACCGUCGAGACGUUGGUCGCCAAUGCCGAGGCCGGCGGAGACCCCGUCGUGUUGCGUCAGCAGGCCCGCCUCGUAGAGACGGCUAUCAAGAGCGUCGGUGUUGCAGCUAUUGAUCUGGCACAGGGCGUUCGGGUGGACGAGUACUGGCCUAAUGUGAACUUGGACUUGCUGCGGGAGUAG